UCCCCAAAAAACCCAUAAGUCGGCAAACCAUUAACUCUGUCCCAGGCUGGACCACACCUGUUUAGUAUUGUCUCACCUGGAAAAAUCUACUUCGUGAAUGAAGACAGGCAGCUAUCUUACCAAGUAUUUUCUGCAAAACAACCAGAGCUGCAAAUUUAACAAACAUUGUGCAAACUAAUAUUUAACUAAUAUAUUGAUAUCAAUUUCAUGAUACCUUUUGUUCUCCAGUGAAAAAAUUGUGUUCUGUUGCUAGUUGCUUCAAAAUUUGUCGAGACAAUCUAAAAAUAUUAAAAAAACAUGUAAAAGUAACCCGAUAUGUAUGAAUUAGUGACCUCAAACAUGCUGGUCCAGUCAUACACAGACCAAUCCUGGAGACUUCCCCCCCUCCCCCUUCAAUCCUUUGCAUCUCGCGUUGUAAUGCUGUACAACAUGUUAUUCACUACAAUUUUACACAUUUUUUGCGUUUGUUGCAAAUAACAGCCGGUUCCCUCAAUGUUUUUAAUAUAUAAAUUGAAACAUUAAGUAAAAACGAUUCCCCUUAGCUUAGCUUCUAAUUGCAACAUUCUGCAAUUGUAUUCGAAUCUUCAAUAAAUGGAUGCCUAAAACCUGACAAUUGUAUAGUUACACAUGCUGACAUGCAUGUUUGAUUUAAGCAUUAAUAAAUCCGAUAAAUACGAAUAUUAAAUCAUGCUUAACAUUCCUUUAACACAUUACUAAAUGAGAGUAACAAGUACUUGCUCCGUUGUUUUACUACAAGCCACAAACGUAUUGAGACAAAGUAUAAAUAAAACAUUUCAUUUUCCAAAUUGAGCAUUCAAAACAGACCUACUAUAUUCCUCACUGGCUUCGACAAAUUGUCCCCAAGUAUCAAAAUCUUUCCCUCUCGUUAAACUUUCACGCCAUUUUGCCAAAAGCAAAGCAACAUCACUCAUUUUCAAACAAGACCCAGAUGUCUUGAGAAAUAUUGACUGAAACACUGAUAAUAAAAUACAUCUCAAGAGAGUACUUUGAAUGUUGUUAUUCCUGACAUAUUUCUUCCGACGUGCGUUUCGUGUCCACGGUAACCAGAUCAAAUUUCAAUUCAUUAUAAUUUUCAUGUGAUUUUCAUAUUUGAUAAGCUCAUCCCCCGCACCCAUUAUUAUAUAGCUGUGAAAAUUCUUCCGUAUUUCAUUCUCCAUCUUCUCCUAGCGCGGUUGCCGUCUUUCCUAGCUGUUCCGCAGACAACUGCCAUAUUGCACUCGGUUAGGGUUAAAAAAAAAGCUAAAAAAAUCUGAUUUUUUAUCACCUCUAUUAAUUAACCCUUGACUGAGAGAUGUCUGCAAACUGCGAAGGAGGCCACAUCUUUCCUUCUAUCAUCAUUUUCUGUUUUCUUGCUCUUUCAUCAUUUAUCCUUUAGUUACUCAACGUCUCGAUUCCCUUUCAUGAAAAUUUAAUUUCAUCAUUUCUAUAUUUCGUUAUAAUAAUUUCUAUAUUUCAUUUCUUCAACCCAUAUGAGUUCCUCACCCUAAUUUGCUUUAUUUCGUUUUUCUUGCUUCGUCUUUCAUUCCUUCAUCUCUUUGUUCUUAACCUUGCAUCCAUUUUCCCUUCACCCCAUCUCUUCUUGACUAUUAAUUCUCUCCAUCUAUAAAUAUUGCCGAUAAAACAUUAAAAAAUAUCCCACACAGAAUUUUUCUUCCUUAAAUUUAUAUCCUCGUUCGUAAAUAACCAGUCCAUGCCUGUCUACAAAUAUGGCCAUAAAUUAUAUUGGAGUCUUACUCUUUUAAUUGUUUUCCUCCUUAUUAUACUUUAUAAGGCUUUGUAUACUUUACAUAUUUGGAUUAUACACGUAAAACCCCCCAUCUGCUUCAGUUCACUUCCGUUUACAUUGCAACACAACAUUGCAUGCCAAAAUAUACUUGUCAACUACCAAAUACUUUCCUUUUCUUUGUACUUUUAUCUUCUUUUUCAAAUAUUCAAAUAUGGCAGCUCCAAUGAACGUUUCAACCAGUUACUUCGACAAAAAUGUACCUAAAGUUGUCCUUCGAAGUCUAUUUAUGAAAUAUGAUGCAGACGGCAGUGGUGUACUCAAUCAAAAGGAAUUAAAACAACUAUUUCAAGGUGAUUUAGGCAUGACAAAAGACCAGGCCGAAGCCUACAGUAUGUUGCUAGAUAAAGAUGGCAGUCAGACUGUUAGCUUUGAAGAAUUACAUCAAUGGCUUACAAGCGGGGAGAAAUUUAAGAACGUCAAUGAUAAAAGCAGGUAAAAGUUUCCUACAUGGCUAACAUGUAAAUAUGAUUAAUAUUGGAUGAUAGUAUUUUUACUUAUGGUCAUUUAUGUAUCAAAAAUCUGAACUAUCUAUCUUUUUAGGUACAAAUUUUGACAUUGAAGUUAAUUAAUAACUUAUCCCAACAUUAUACUUAAUCCAAUUAUGUGUAAAUGUAAACACUGAUGUAGUUGAUAUAAGAACAAAUGGCUAAAAUCCAGGGUGUUAUUCUCAUAUCAUUCAUAAUAAACCACUGCUACAUAAGGACCAGGGUACAGAGGGCUCUGAAAGUGUUUUCUACCAAAAGUGUUGGUUAACUAGGUUCCUGGUAACAACUAUGUUCUAAAAUGCAGCUCCUUAGCACAGAAUAAGGCACACAGAAGGGCCCCCUGGCCGCCAUCUUCCUAGCCAGUCGAUUACAUUUUCUGGCCAAUAAACGCGCUGUAUUGGCUGGCCGCCAUCUUCCUGGCCAGUCAAUUGCAUACUUUUGCAUAGAAAAAUGGUGACACGUUGCACCGCUGAGUGGCCCUUCUGGUACUGAUCUUUAUUCUGUGUCCUUAGCCAGGGCUGUUGUGAGUAUCAGAAUUCGUGGCAGAGGGGUGAUGGUGCAGGCCCUACUUUUGCUGACAAAAUGGGUACUUUUGUCAAAAAUGAAUGUGGUUUUGACAUGGUCAUUGUGUUAUUCAAAUUGUUAAGAAAUAGGUAACUGAAGCAAAAUGAGCAUGCAGAUUUUAUUGACAGGUCACUCAGGGGGGGGGGGGUGUGCAGCAACUUUCCACACCCCUAUACCCCCUGUCUAGUACACAUGAACCCAGCAUUCACAUUACUUAAUGCACCAUUUCUUUGUUUCCAGGUUUUUUCGAUUAAAAAAAGCUGUUGACAUGUUCAAAAAAUUCGAUGCAGAUGGAAAUGGAUCGAUAGAAAAGGAUGAAUUCACACAGCUAAUGAUUGCCAUUAACUGCCCAAAGGACAAAAUUCCAGAGGCUUUAAAAUCUCUCGAUACAGAUGGCGAUGGCAAGAUAUCAUUCCCAGAAUUCCUGAAGUGGCUUAACUGGCUGCCAAACUAAUUAAAUAAAUAUACAUACAAUUUACCAUACUUACUGUAAUUAAUUAAUGUAAUUACCCACAUGCUGGUUGCCAAACUAAUUAACCAAUUUAUUUAAUUAUACAAUUAUCAACACACUGUAACACUACUUAAUUAAUGAUAAAUUUCACAUACAAUAUUCAGCAAUAAAAUUUUUGCAUCACACCUAAUAUAUUUUGUUCUAAAAACUGCGUUCCUGUUGCUAACAUUGUUUAGUUUGUAUUCUCCAAUUCCGUCCCAAAUGUUUUUAUUUUAAGGCAAAUUCCUUGAUAUACUUGACCCACAAUUCUAAAUAUUCUUACUUAUUUAUCUACAAUAUUUAUUACACUGAAAGUUAUAUAAAAAGGGCGCUAUUUUCUAUAACGUUAUAAACUUAUUUUAGGAUUGUUAAUUUAAGUUACUUUGGCUAAAAACAGUUUUACACGGUGCGUUUUCAGAUUGAUUGCAUUGCGUAUUUUAAACCAACGCUUGCGUUGCAAAGAGGGGAAAAUUGUGCAGUGUAGGAAUUAUAAAUAUCAAAUUAGAGAUUUUCGCCAUCUCAGAGCAUCAUUCUAAAAUAAAAUUACCCUUCCAGUCAAAAUAUUUCAUGUUACUGGUUCUGACUUACUACCAUCAUCACUAUCAUCACCAUCAUCAUCACCACCAUCACCACCAUCACCACCAUCACCAUCAACUUUCUUUUCUUCAGAGCUCACCGCUGUCUCAACACACUGCUCACUCAGUUUUUCAUCAGACACUCGGCUGCCAUCAUCUCGUGUUUCCACGUCAUCUUUCACUUGAGACAAUUCCUCUUUUCCUUCUUCAUGUUUAUUUUCCGCUGCGGACAUCUCGUCAAUUCUUUUAUGUUCGUUCUUAACUAACUCCACAAGUUCGUCCU